CCGUCCGGUCGGUUCGGGCACAAUUGUAUGAAGGAGUGCCACUGCUUGGACAGCUCCGAGAGAUGUGACAGUAUACUCGGCAGAUGUCGCUCGGGCUGCGCCAAGGGAUGGACUGGCUCGGACUGCCAGACACCUGUGCCGUGUUUCGCUAACCGCUACGGAUGGGAGUGUGGCCAGAUAUGCCAGUGUCAGAACCCUAAGCACUGUGACCGCUUCCUGGGGCCCAUGGAGCAGUGCCGAUGUCGGAACGGGUUCUUCAAUCCGCCCUUCUGUGAACCUGUGACGGCUCCUCGUUUUGUCUUCUUCGAGAACCAAAAGGUGAACCCGGGCCAACCGUCUCUCUUCAACUGUACAGUUGCGGCUUUCCCCACGCCGUAUGAGAGUGAAAUUCGGCUAUUGGGACCUGAAGGAAAGCGCAUCUCUCUCAAGUCGUCAGAGACUCUAGACAAAUAUUUAUACACAAGGACCAACAUAUUUCAUGUGAAUUACGUGAUGAAUGGCGAACGGUACACCUGCUCUGUCCAGGCAACGGCGGGAAGCAAUCAGCUGACCAUGAUGGCGGAAGUUUACGAACUUCCCCGCUUGAGCACCCCGCCCAAGUUGGCCCGACAUGGACGAGGCGCCCACAACAUGACGCUGGUGUGGCCGGCGUGGGACGACACGGCGGGGGACACGGGGGAGGGGCCCAUCCUGUGGUACUCUGUCCACGUGAGGCACGAAAGAGAUACUGUGUACACGCUGGCAGCGCAGCACUACCACACCAACUGCCAGAGCACGUGUGAUUACACCAUCAAGAACCUGAAGCCAAACUCCAAGUACGCCAUCUACGUAUCCACCAGGAGGGUGGGGGAGGGCGGGGACGGUCCUCCAGGGCCCAUCAUACACGUGCGGACCAAGUGUGAUGAACCUCAGAUGCCUCCCGAUCUGAAGGACAUCAAGGCUGAGCUGCAGUUCAACAAGACUUACCCCAAGACGCGAAUCAUUGUGCAGUGGGAGGAUCCAAAACCAGCUACCAUCAACUGCAACAGGAUUCAGAAAUACAUGUUGUACCUCAGCACAGAGGAAACGCCGGGAGGUACCACUCGUGACGUGAAGACGCUAGAGGUAUCUGGAAGCAGAAGUAAAACCAUCUCAGUGCCUAAUCUGGUGCCUUUCACGCAGUACUGUGUCGUCAUGGCGUUUGAGAACGACGCCGGACGGAAAAGUCCGGAAUCAAAGCCUGAGUGUGUCGUCACGCCACAAACAACCCCGGGAGCCCCAGAAAACUUUGAGGUGCGGGACGUCGGAAGUAACAAAGCCACGUUGAUAUGGCAACAACCAUCGCUUAGCUACGGUCAGGUGACGCAUUACCUGAUUCUUUAUUGGGAGGGCGAGGACGAGACGGCCAAAGGGUCGGAAUGGAACCCUCGCGGACAGACAGAGGCAGUGUACACGUUGUCCGGGCUGAAGGCUAGCACGUACUACAGAGUGGAGGUCCAGGCUGUCAACGGUGCCGGUCCGGGAACUCCCACCAGAACACAGGCGUUCAGCACUCUGGAAGGAGUGCCCGGCGAGGUGGGCCAGCUGAGGAACAUCUCCCGCACCGCCUCCCGGGUGGGUCUGAGGUGGGAACCUCCGGAGGAACAGAACGGCGAGCUGGUCAACUACGUGGUGGAGUGUGGGGUGAUCCAGUCCCUUUCCAACGGCCUUGAACCCCCGGCCACGCCCACCCCCAUGCUCCUCCCCCCGGAUGUCCUGGAGGUGACGGUGAAGACCCUCCUGCCGGCCACAGAGUACCUGUGUUCUGUCAGCGCACGCACACAGAAGGGAGACGGCUCUAAGACUGAGAUCAAAGUCUGGACCAGUGCCGAAGUGCUGAGUCCGCCACUGCCCCCUGAGAUUGCCAAGGUAACUGAGAACACUGUGACAUUGAAACUUCAAGAAUCCAACGACAGAACUAUCAGCCAUUACCGCAUCGUGGUUGAAAAACUGGACAGCAAGGACACCCGCAAAAAACGCAGAGCUCCAAAUUACAUCACCGAGCUGUCACGUGACUUCGUCUCCGCCAGUAAGACCGGGGAGAAGGCUUACGUCACAGCUCAAUUCCCGCCCCAUCGGCUUCGCGGAACAUUCACUGUGGGAGACAACAGGACCUAUGACGGCUACUUCAACGGGCCCUUACAGCAGGAUCAGAAGUAUAACCUGUGGCUAGGCGCUUUCUCCAACGUGGAUGGGAAACAACAGCAUGCCUUUGUCAAGGCGGACCGCCCUAUUGUCGCUCGCUCUGUCGCCGCAGCUUCACCCACCAGCUCAGUGCCCAUCAUAGUCGCGUGUAUCAUUGUCUUCCUCCUUGUUAUCGCCAUCUUCGUUGUACUUUUCCUCAUUUGGAGGCGACGCCAUAUUGCGGAGGAGCGAGAGAAGGCGGACAUGCCGUCUUUCGGUCCCACAAUCCUACCGGAACCAGAAACCUCCACGCCCCCAACGCCGAUAGCUGUUGCCCGCGGGAAUCACUGCUACCUGUGAGGUGGCGAGGAAGAACGAGAACAAGUUGAAAAACAGAUAUGGCAACAUCAUAGCUUACGAUCAUUCAAGGGUUGUCCUUGACCCUGAGGACGAUGACGAACACGACGACUACAUCAAUGCUAAUUAUAUAGACAAAAAGUGUGAGCAAUACUGGCCUGAGGAGGGCUGUGAGCAGUACGGGAACAUCUCUGUACAGUUGCUGGACACUGACGUCAUGCCGGACUUCACAGUCAGGACUUUCCUCAUCAGCAAGGGUGGCCAGUCAAAGUACGUGAAACAGUUUCAUUACACCACCUGGCCGGACCAUGGUGUGCCCAGAUUUGGCCACUCAUUACUGCUGUUCCGUCAGAAAAUCCGGGCAUAUGAUUCCUUGGACAAUGGCACAGUCGUAAUACACUGCAGCGCUGGCGUUGGACGCACUGGCACUUACAUAUCCGUGGACACACAGCUGGAGAGGGCUAAGUCUGAGGGAAUCAUUGACGUGCACAACUUUGUCCAGCACAUGCGCACACAGAGGGUCAACAUGGUGCAGACGCUGAGCUACUGCCAGAAGGACCAGCUCCUGGUGACUCAGAUGCCCCUGCCCAACACAGUGGUAGACUUCUGGCGUCUCGUCUACGACCACGGCUCUUACUGUAUCGUCAUGCUCAACGAGGUGGAGACCAAUGAUGAUACUUGUGAGCAGUAUUGGAGCGAGGAGCCGGACGGUGCAGAGUACGGCCCUUUUCAGGUGGAGACCACGUCUGAGAUCAAGUCCAACCCCAUCGUCACAGUGAGAGAUUUCACAGUAACUAACACACAAGUGCCCGGCAAUGCCGCUAGACAGGUCCGCCAGUUCCACUUCCACCGCUGGCAAGAAGGUUCAGCCACACCCAGUUCCCAGAGGGCUUUGCUGGAGCUUGUCGAUAUGGUCAACACUUGGCUGCAGACGCAAGACGGACCAAUCACAGUGCAUUGCAUGAACGGCGCCAGUCGCAGUGGAUUGUUCUGUGCGGCCCUGACCAUCCUUGAGCGUGUGCAGAAGGAGAAGGAAGUCGACGUUUUCCAGGCUGUCAAACAACUCCGACUAAACAGGACUCAACUGAUUGACAACAUGGAGCAGUACCGCUUCUGCCAUGAGCUCGUUAUGGAGUCUUUGUCCAACCCUGAUGCUAUCUCAUCGUCAUGACAACGGCCUUGACAAGCAUCAUCUACGUCAUUAGUCUUCCUUCAUACGAGUCCACUUUGAGCCUGUUUUUUGGAGCAAGCUGAGGAGUGAGUUACUGAAUGCUGAUCAUGGCCACUCCUUUGACACAUUAAGACUGACAGAGAAAGGAAAAAUUGAAAGUGUAAUUGUAAAUCAAGUGCUUCGUUGUGCUAAAUUGGGUGCUUUCGCAUUUCUGUAAAGAUUUGUUUACCGUGUAAAUGGUUCUUUACUUGUUGAAGUGGAAUUGAUCUUCUUUUUAAGUUCUUAUUUGUCUCUGUUUUUUGGUGGGGGUUUUUUUUUUUGCUUUGUUCUUUUUGUGGAUUUUGCUUGCUCUGACACUUGAUGCUAAUGUUCAUGCUUUCAUGUUUAUAUGACCUCUCAGGCUGACAAAGUUGAAGUUUUUCUAAACCUUUUUUUACAAAUAUUUUUUCCUUGUUGUCCUCAUGUCCUGUAGACACUUUUGAUACUUCCCCUGCACCUUCAGUACCUUUCACAGAUAAAUUGCUUGAUAAAAGAUCGUUCAAGAAGCUUUUUUUCCAGUUACCAGUCUGCCUUCUACUUGCUUUGUGUCCAUGUCUAGCAUAAAGACAUCUGACUCACAGUUGAAAAGUCGUGGGUGCAAUUUCUAACUGAGCUGGAUAUGGUACUACAUCCUUAGAAAAAACACCCUAUCCUAUUUUUUUCAAUUCACUUGGCUGUAAACUGGUACUUAGCCUUGAGCUAAGAUGAAAUAUGUGAAUAAUAGUUAUAUGUGCUUAGCUGGCUGCCUUGCUGUAUGUCAUACCCAGGGGACUAAGACAGGUAACUGAGUGGACUGGUCCUCAUUAGGGGAGUUAUGAUGAAGUUAUGCAAGCCUUCUGCCAGGGUGAAAAUACAUAACAAAAUGUGUAACAACUUAAGCUAUUCAUCUUUGGAAAUCUUAUUGUAUAAGUUAAAGAUGGAAGAUUUCACACCCUAGAGAGAAGGGCGCACAUUUCCCAGAGCCAGCAAUAGGACUAUAAACUUGCCUGAGCUCCUGCAUAUUAGCGUUAUGCAUGCUGGAGAGCUGUUAAAUUCUAAUGGAAUAUGUGAGGCAGCAUGGUGGAAUCAGGCUCUCAUCGAAAUAAUCAAAGUGAAGAAACUUGCAUUU